UUAACUGUGUAUCGCUAUUUAAGCGAAGUGAGCCCGGCCCCGCGCCGUGUCACCGGCAGACUCCGUGAAGUUUCACGUUACACUAGACGAAUUUGAUCACGACAGCCUAAUUAAACGCAACAAUCUUCACGGGCCCCUCUCAUUUAAGACAAUGUCAGUUUCAAGUAAACUGUACACGCCACAGGCUUCCCCCGCGAAGACGAUUCUCAUGUACCGAAAUGGGGAUCCCUUUUUUCCUGGAAGAAAGUUUAUCAUAAAUCCACGACAAACACCGUCUUUCGAAAACUUCUUGAGCUCGGUGACACAGGGAAUCGAAGCGCAAUUCGGGGCCGUCAGAAACGUGUACACUCCCCUCAAUGGACACCGGGUGCUGGCCAUGGAGCACCUGCAGCACGGACAAAGAUACGUAGCAGCCGGCGCUGAGCGCUUCAAAAAGCUCGAUUACCUUCAUAUAACAACAAAGAAACCACAAAAAAAACAGCAUGAAAUGAUACAACCGGUUGUCCACAGCAGAAUCAUUGUUUCUGCAAGAUGGAAAAAAGUUCUUCAUGAAUCUUGCACUAUAAAUGUUUUUAAAAAUGGGGAUGUCUUGGUACCACCCAUUCGAAUACUAAUACCUAAAUACACUUUGAGAAGCUGGGACAGAGUGCUAGCUUUAAUAACGGAGAAGAUUCGUCUGCGUACUGGAGCAGUACACAGACUCUGCACAUUACAUGGGGAAUCACUGCUUGGUUCAAGUGAACUGGAAAACAAUAACUAUUAUGUUGCAGUAGGAGCUGAGCGUUUUAAACACUUACCAUAUUUCCAAUGGAUUCCAUCUAAAGGAUCUAUGAGAGUCACAGGCCCCAGGUUCCACUCAGAAAUAUUACCUACAAUCAAUAAAGGCAAAAGAACAAAAACUAUGCCAGAGGAUCACAGCACAUUAUCUGCAGGUGAAGAAAGUUCAGGAGAUUCAAGUACAUCUAAGGAACAGUUUAAAGAUCCCGUAGACUUACAGCUCCAAGAUGAAGAGUCUUUUUUCCAUGCCAGACAAGUCAAAGUCAAACAACAGAAACAUUCAACCAAGUAUGUACUUCCCCUGUCUUUGUCAGAAGAGGGAGGUGUAUUUAAUGCCCCUGCCACCAGAAAAGAGACCCAUGAUGCAAGUGAAGUACAAGAAGAAGCUAAUAUGAAGGUCGACAUGCCCAUUGAUCAAAUGGCUGCAGAAGUUGUACAUGAAGAGCAAAUCCUAUUACCUGAUUAUGAAAAUGAAUCUCAUUCUCAUAAGAAGUAUGACAAUGAUUCACCAACAGCCAGCCUUGACACAGAACUGAAGCGUGUAACUUUAAUGCAAGAUGAGCAUAUUCAUGAAUAUAUGACAGAUGAAAACACACUGGUUGAGAACCCGGAGAUUAAUGGUUUAGAAUAACUGCAUUUUUAUUUAAACAAUUAGGUUUUCUUCAAUUUGCUUGAAAGCUUGUAAAAUAUAUUAACUGGCAGAAGGACAUCAUGUCAGUAGGCCAGGAGUUUUGUAUUCACACUUACAAUUUAAAACAUAAAAUGCUUGUGAAAAAACAA